AUGCUGUCCCACUCGUCGUCGUCCUCGGAUCGGCAUCCACACAGCGGAGCAGGUAGCCGGCGGGAAUCGACCUCGAACGUUACGAAGGACAAGGAGGUCAGCGGUAACGUCGUGAGCGUUCCAGCUCCGAUGGUUCCACCCGUCGCGGCCAAGAUCGAAAUUGAGGAGAACGUCCCAGAAGCGGCCGUAGACGUGGUGACGCUGCUGCUGCUGUUGAUGGGCUUCGGGGAAGGUUUCGACGCGGGCGUUGGACAGGUCGGUGGCAACGGAGGAAGGGGCGGCAUCGGCGGUAGCGGUGGAGGUUACUCUUCGGACGCCAGCGGCAACGGGAACAACGUCGCUGUACUGAUCUCGUCCCCGUCGGUCAAUAUCGCAGCCUCGUAA